GAUAAGAGAGAACCACGAACGCCCAAAACUAAAAAAACCCGUCGUAUUGCGCCAUGCUUUGAAAACGCGGCACGCCGUUCGCGCCGCCCCGUGGCCGUGCUCCCGCUAAGCUUACGUGUCCAAAGACCUCCAAACCCUUCCGCCAUUGAGUCCAUAUAUACAAUGCCCUUCCGACAUUUUCUCGCCAGUGAAAAUAAGAGAAAGGGAGAAAUAUCAAAAUCUCCAGCGCUAAAUGCUAAUGGCGAAAUUCCUACCGACGAUCGGGUCUCCGGCGCUGAUCAUCGUCGCGGCAGCAACAGUUUUGAUCUUCGUUUCCGUCCUUGCUCCCGUCUCGGCCGCCGGUGGGUCAAUAGUCGGAGCGAGGACGGAGUUGCCGAACGUGCAGGCGAACGAGGAGGUGCAGGAGCUGGGGAGGUUCUGCGUGGAGGAGUACAACCGGCGGCUCCAGGAAUCCGGCCGCGUGGGGGCUGUCUCCGGUGGGGUGCUGGUGUUCUCGGAGGUCGUGGAGGCACAGACGCAGGUGGUGUCGGGGAUUAAGUACUACCUGAGGAUUGCGGCGACCGAGGUCGGGGUGAAGAAGAUGUGCGACGCGGUGGUGGUAGAGAAGCCGUGGGUGAAGUCCAACUCCAAGGAACUCCUCGACUUCGCACCCUCCUCCAACUGAUUGUGUCUAAUUACGUGUGGUUUGGUGGUAGGGGUUAUAAUCGAUGUGUCUGCUUUUGUUCUGUGUUUUAUUUCUAUUGGAAAACCGCGAUGACUGUUCUAAUUUGGGAAUAUAUAUAUUUUAGUGUUUGGAA